CAACUGUCCGUCGAGCAACUGUCCGUCGAGCAACUGUCCUAAACCCAGUUAAUUUAAGACUAAUAAUUUCUGUUGCCACGAAGUUUUUUUUCUCUUUUAAUUUUUGAAAAAUAAUCUAUGAUCGGAAUCAUAUUAGACAAAAAGAACAUAACAGUUGUAUGAAGAAGAAUAAUCAAUAUAAUAGCUUAUAGUUUUUUCAAUUAUUAAAACUCAAAAGUGGAAUACUUCUUAGAAAAUCACUCAAUUGAGUAUCAUACAAACAACUAUGUGUAUGCCAUCCGUUCAACAGUCUGAUGUACUCGAAAGUUUAACACAGAUGUUUGGUCUCACAUAAAACGAGACUUGGUUUUUCUUUCAUUUAUCUAUUAGAAUAAUUGUCUUUUUUGUUAUUUUAGAAAUGGGAUAGAGAUUUUCUGUUAGAACAUAAAGUUCAAUGUCAAAAUUAUCGUAAUGAUAGUGAAGAGAUUAAAAAAAAUAAAACGUAUGGCAUAUUAGCAUCAUAUCAUCCAUGUGGAGUUGCAGUCGGCUUUACAGAAGCAAUUAAAGCUGAGGCUAAAAAGAGUAACAAGAAUUCUACUCGAAACGAUCAAGGACCAACAAGGAUAUCAUCAAAUAAUAAUAAUAAUAAUAGUUCAUCAUCAUUACUAUCAACAAGUUUGUCAUAUGAGAUAUUAUUAGAACAUAGUAAAAUGUUACAAGAAGAUAUUCGAUGUUUACGAGAUGAAAAUGAAUAUCUUAAAAAAACAUUGAUGUCUAAGCCAACAGAUGAUGCAACAGAUUUUUCUCUUCAAAUACCUCGAUUGAUAAUCAAUGAAUCGAAUGAUAUGUUUAAAAAAAUCGAAAAAUGUUAA